UAGAACGAAAUGGAGGUAACAGGAGUAAAGGUGUUGGUUUUGACGGGUUUAUUUGUAAUGACAAUACUUUUAGGACUUCUUCCUCUGAAAAUCGUUAAUUAUGUUCGAAGACGCAGUGGGACUAACGUUGAUUUACACAAACAAAUUGCGUAUAGAACAACAAUAAGUGUGUUGAAUUGUUUUGCCGCUGGCGUGUUUUUAGCCACGGUUGUGCUUGACCUUUUACCUGGUGUACGAGAGAGUUUGACCACUGCCCUUACUGCAUUAAAUGCUGCAACAACAUUUCCGAUCGCCGAGUUUGUUAUGAGUUUUGGUUUAUUUCUCAUUUUGGGAAUCGAACAAGUUGUUUUGACAUACAAAGAAAGUCAUAUUCAGAAUCAAGACUCUGUUAAAAGGCCGUUGCUGGCAAAUGACAGUACACUAUCCAGACAACAAAGUUUGACAGAGUCUGUCAGAAGUGAGCAUUCCAUAACAGGGAUAAGCGAUGAACCUUUCCAAAGCACACGAAAGAACUCGAGAGCAUUCGAUAAUAGUGGAACAUUGUCUGAUGAUGAGGCUCAAGAGGAAUCUCAUGGACACACCCAUGAUAUCGAGUUUCCACAUGACCACUCAUUGCUACGGUCUCUACUGCUGCUACUUGCUUUAGCGUUGCAUUCUUUGUUUGAGGGCCUGGCUGUAGGUUUACAAGACAAAACAGACCAAGUGAUCCAGAUCUUUGCAGCUCUGGCUCUUCAUAAAAGCAUCCUUAGUUUUAGCUUGGGAAUGAACCUCGCUCAGAGCAAAAUGACUUUGAAAGGGGCAGUUAAGUCGUUGUUACUUUUUUCUAUUUCGGCACCCGUAGGUGUUGGGAUAGGCAUUGGGAUUAUUCGAUUGUGGGAUUCAAAAGCGUCAAAUCUUGUUCAGGGAAUUCUGCAGGGAAUUGCAUGUGGUACAUUCUUGUACAUAACUUUCUUUGAAGUCCUACCUCAUGAAUUCAACAAUUGUGACUCAAGAUUAUUGAAAGUGAUAUUUUUACUUCUUGGGUUUGCUGCAGUGACUGCCAUUGUUUACUUCGGUCACUGAGAAAAGUGGGUCACAGUGCAGAGCUAAAUAAAGUAAUUCAAAGAAUAUAAAAUUAAAGGAUUUGUAGAAAUUUGUGAUGCAGUAUGAAUGCUAUGGUGCAAGACUGUCAAAAUCAACAUUUAUCAUGGUUAUAUUAUCAUAAAAAUGUACUAGUACAUGUAUUUUAUUUUAGAAAUGUUAAUAUUGAUUUCGAAAUGUACAAUAACAGCAUUUAAUUAAUGUUCUCUAAGAUCUGUUAAUAUAGGGUGCUCUUAUUUACUUGUAAGUUGUAAUAUAUAAAAAGUUUUGGAUAUUUUUUAAGUUACAUGUGUAUGGUAUGUGGCAUUAUACAGCUUUCUUUAAAAUAACAUCGUAACAUUUCUUUAUGCAAAAGUCAGUCAAGUGCAUAAUAUUCAAUCUCUCUAUCAUAAUAUUUCUUAUUCAUAUGUUAAACAUUGACUGUUUCUAUAUUUAAAAUGUAUAGAUUAUCAUGAUUUAAUUGACUGGUAUUAUGGUAUUAUGCAUGCCUUGUAACUUAUACUUCUCUCUUAUAAUAUUAAUCUUUGUUAUUCAUGUUAUCUAUCGCAGUGUACAUGUGGUUGUAGCGCUCUGAAUGGAUGCAACUGUUGAUCUGUUAAUGGGAUUACCAUUGGUUUGAAUUCUUGUUACAUGAUAUGCAUAAUCUACUCUGUAUUGGUUAAAUGUAUGUUAUAUUUUAUAAAUAUUUAUAUAGAUAAUAAAUGAAAUAACAAAUGAAAUUCAUUU